AUGAGCUACGCAAUGGGAGUGACCAAGGUACCAGCCGAGGUCAAGAAAGAUGUAAAGACGGAGCAAGAGUGGACAUUAAUUGAGAAAAAGCAAACACACUCAAUUUACUUUGGCGAGAUGAGAAAAACAAAAGACAAGGCGCUCCUUGUCCGAAUGGAGUGCCAGCUCGGUAAAGCCACACCCGAAGAGGUCUUUCAGGUUCUGAGCGACAACAAGUACCUCUCAGAGAAAGGAUUAUUCGAGAUGAAAGCACAGGACUUUUGCGACACGGCACAAAAUGAGACGCAGCUCAGAUUAAUUUCGAGCAUUUUCCACUUUAAGCCGCGAGAAGCUGUCGUCAGCCUCAAACGCGAGAUCAACGAAGAUAAAUCGAUUUGCGCGGCAACAAUAAUCAGCAUUGAAAACGAAGAGGUGCACCAGGGCAACAUUAAGGUGUGCUUCAGGCCGUCAAGUGUAGUAGCUUCAAAAGUUAACGAAGUUAGUAAUGUAAGUACAAUUGCUGUAAUAAACAUGGACAUGCAGGCAGGUUGGGUUCCGAAAAACGCGUUUGGGAAUCACAUUCUCAAGCGGAUCUCUCGGCAGAUCAUCUCAAAUUUCGUUGCAUCGGUCAAUGGGUAUCAGAGGUGGAAAAAUGCGAAGUGA